AUGACGGGAGUUGUAGUUCGGCCGCGGGAAGCCUCGGCGGGAAUGGCGGCGGGGACGGCUCGGAUGGAACUACAGCUCCCAGAAGGCGCCGCGAGGCCGCGCCGCCCCGGGCGGGCCAUGGCGGGGCCGCGGGAGCACCGGCUGCAGCCCGGGGACACCCUGCCGGGGCUGGCGCUGCGCUACGGGGUGACGAUGGAGCAGAUCCAGCGCGCCAACCGCCUCUACUCCUCGGACACCAUUUUCCUGAAGGCCACCCUGCUGAUCCCGCAGCCCGCGGGGCCCCGAGCCCGGCAACAUCCCGGGGACCGUCCCGAUCCCGGGGACCGUCCCGAUCCCGGGGACCGUCCCGGUGAUGAUCCCGAUCCCGGGGAUGAUCCCGAUCCCGGGGACGUUCCCAGCCCCUCCCGCCGCGACCUCUCUGCCUCGGAUUUCCUGCGGCGCUUGGACGCCGAGAUCGGCCGCUUCAAGGAGGCGGCGGCGGCGCAGCGCCCCGGUGACGUCACUCGGUGUCCCCACAGCCCCGGGCCGGGCCGGGGUGGCCCCGGUGUCACCCCUGUGUCCCCUCGGGGGGCCCGGCUGGGACCCCGACCCCUCACCAGGACCCCGCGGGCGGCCGCGCUCAGGGACAGCGAGGACGAGAUCUUCACCUUGUGA